CCUGCGCCGGGCGAAUGCGAACCCACCCGCCUGCUCCAGGACAAGCUGCAGUACGAGAUGCGCCUGCAGUACAUGAAACACUACUUCCCCAUCGACUACACGGUCCGCGUCCAGUACGAAGAGGUGCUGAGGCCGUCCAACAUCACCCGCCUGCGCAACGGGACGGUGUCGGAGACGGCGCUGCGGUACCUCUGGUUCCACGUCAGCUCCCAGGCGGUUCUGCGGAUCCACGAGGUGCUGCCGGAGAAGCACCCGUCCUGGAAGUACACCCAG